GCAUGUUCCCGGAAGACAGUGUAGUUAAUGCGGAACUGAUGAAGAGCGUAAAUAAAACAUCAGUUGCGACUUGCGCCUCAUCUCAACGCGGGAUAUAAAAGCUUUGAAAAUGACAAACGUAUACUCUUUCGACGGUAUUCUUGUAUUUGGAGUUCUUUUCAUUUGCACAUGUGCAUAUCUGAAGAAGGUCCCUCGCCUAAAUAACUGGCUCUUGUCUGAGAAAAAAGGGGUUUGGGGAGUAUUUUACAAAGCUGCGGUAAUAGGCACACGGCUCCAUAUUGCUGUGGCAGCAUCCUGUUUGUGUAUGGCGUUUUACCUGAUUUUUCUGAAAUGAUCUGGAAGGAUUGGAUCAGUCUUAUGGACAUUGGACUAUGGAAUGCCAAGAGAAAUGUAGUACUGGCAAGAGUUGCGAGCUACUGGUGAAGAUGCACAGAGACCCUAUUCCACCUGGCCCAAUGUUGGUGAUAGGCUGCAGUUUAGCACUGAUGUAAGACCUGAUUCUUUUUUUUUUUUUUUUUUUUUUUUUUUUUUAAGUUAAGAUUGGAUUUGGGAAAUGUGGUCUUAGUUAAACGAGUAAUUGCUGCUGGAAAUGUUGAGGAAAAAUACUUUCAAAGUUAAGGACAUCCUACUUUGAGAUUCAGAAUUCACAUGUAUACAAAGUACUAUCUGUUUGUUAUGCUCUUCUCUCAAACAUGCACAAUUAUUGCUUGGGCUUAUAGGGGCAGAGUGAAGAAGGUAGAAUGUUAUCUUGUACAAUUAUUGAAGUGAAAUUCUCAUGGGUUUUUUUUUUUUUUUUUUUCUGUUUUGUACAAAAACUGGCAUAUUUAGAAAGAGCCUCAUUCUUGUAUAGAAGAGUUACCAUUGUUUGCAACAUGUAAAAUUAACAAAAACAUUUUACAAAGUUUAAUGGACAAAUGUAAACACACACAAAAAAAAGGCAAACUGAAAAUGAAGCCUGAAGGGAUUCAGUCUGGUAUGCUAAUGUUCUUCUAACACUUGUAUAACAUCUUUUUUGAUACCACGUAAGUACCGAGGUACUUUAAUUUUAUAAGUAAACCGUCUUGACAUUCCCCAUAUGAUUUUAUUGUAAAGGCAUGUGUUUAAUUGGUUUGGUAAUCAUUGUGUAAAUACUCUGUCACAGAUUCCAGCUGGACUUAAAUAGAGAUAAAUCACAAUAAACAUAGAUAUCACCCUUUCUAAAUGGACAUGCGUUUAUAGUAUAUAUAGAAUAUAUUAUAUUAUUGACCAAAAAAAUAAAUUACACUACAUAUUAAGUCUUUAACAUCAUUAUCUGAUUUUUUUUUUUUUCCUUAUGUUGGUACAGUUGUAUCAUUACACAAAAGUGUACAUGCCAAGAUGUUCUUUUGUAUUCAUGAUGUGUUUUGUCAUAUAAAAUAUGCAGGCUCCUCUGUCAUUUAAA